AGGCUUUCUGGGAUACUUGCGGAGUCAGACCCAGCAACAAUCCUAGUGUGAUGGAGACCGAUAUAGAGCACAUUUUCAGGGAUUUUGUAAUGAACAAGAUUAAAGAAAUCGAAGAUGAAACUCAAGAAACCAGUGUGAAAGAUGAGCCACAGUCUGAUCCUGUAACAGAGACCAGAGAAGAUGGACUCAAGGAAGAACAAAUGAACACAUUAACAGAUAAUGUCAUGCAUACUGACCUCCAAGAUAAUCAUGGUCAAGAGGACACCAGCACUAAACACAGAAAAAGUAAAAAGCACAAAAAACACAAAAGUAAAAAGAAGAGAAAGAAACGCAAAGAAGGAAAAGACAGCAGCUCAGACACAGAGUCUGACAAAGAGAUUCAAGAAAGUGGAAAGAAAAAGAAGAGAAAGAAAAAGAAAAAAAGCAAAGAUGCAGACAAACCAAAGAGGUCUGGCUCACGGUCCGAAAGCUCUUCAGCAUCUGGUUCUGAGUCUGAAUCGAAACCUUCUAAAGAAAAUACAAAGUCCUCUUCAGCAGAUAAGACUUCAAAGUCUGAGCUCAAAGACACAUCUGGUGUUGGUAAACCUCAGGAGUUGCCUGACAUUAUUCCCAAGGUGGAGAAUUCGAUCCACAAAAGCACAGAGAUGGAAAGGACCAAGGAAAAGAAAAGAUGUUCCAGUAGGACAUCUAAAAGUAAAGAGAGCUCUAGAGCAAGACGAACCAGAUCAAGAUCACCCAGACGAAAGUCAGAACGCAGGUCAAGAUCCCCAAAACGAAAACCUCGAUCAAAGUCGACCUCCCGCUCUAGAAAUAGCUCCAAAAAGAGGUCUCCUCAACAGAGAGUGAGAAGCAGAUCAAGGUCAAAGAGACACAACAAUCGGUCCAGAUCUCAUUCUGUUAGAAGAGGCAAACAUUCAAGAUCCAGGUCACGCUCCAGAUCAAGGUCUGUUGUUAUCUCAAGGAAGAACAGAAGGUCCACAUCAAAAUCUAGGUCUCGCUCACCACGGCAUAGACAGCAUUCAAGGAGUAAGUCUCAAUCAAGAACAAAACCUUCAAGAUCAAGGUCCAUUUCGAACUCAAGGUCUGAUCUAAAACUGGAAACCGAAUUGAUUACGAAGGAUAUAGAUCCAGCAGUGGACAAUAGUAAGAGUUGUGAAAUGCAAACAAAUGUGUCUCCAAACACAACUGAGAAUGGAAAAGAUCCAACAGUGACUGUGAAAUCUGACACCAAGUUAUCUGAAACUGCAUUGAACAUCUCAAAUUCUGGUUUCAGUGCAGUUGUUGUCAAAGGAUCUUGGCGACCUAUUCCCUUCUUGGCAGAGCUAUCUGAGACCACAUCUUCACAAAAAUGUGUUAAACCUGAGGUGCCUUUGGAAGUGACCAAUGUAUCUGAAGAACCUUCAGUAUUCUCGACUGUUAAGCCAAAAGAUUCAGAGGGUGCUGCCAGUCCUGAGAAGAAAGAAACCAAUGUGAAUCCAACAACCGUUGAAGAAACAUCAGUUGAGAAGAACUCAAUGUCGCCAUCCCGAUCUCCCAGUCAAAAAAUAUCUGCAAGAUCCAAAGUAGCUGCACAAUCCAGAUCAAAGUCAUCAUCAAAAAAAAAGUCUAGGUCGUCUUCACAGAAGUCUCGAUCACCCUCUGAAAGAAAAUCGCACAAGUCUAGAACAAUGAGCAAGCACUCAAAAUCAAGGUCGCCUAAAAAGAAAAGGUCGAGAUCUCGUUCACAAGGCCGUCGGAGGAAAUCUCGAACUCCAGACAGAGGCAGACGUUCAAAAUCAAGAAAGAGGUCAAGCUCACGUUCGAGGAGGAGAUCCCGAUCUGGCUCGCGUCGGAGAAGAGCUUUCGGAAGCCGAACACUAAAUCAGCGGGACAGAUGGAAACGAGAACCCAGUCGCUCUCCGGUCCUCAUUCUCCGUAACAAAAGCUCGGCGUCCAAAACUCGACGCAGCACCAGCAAGACGCCUCCACGUCUCACAGAACUUGAUAAAGAGCAGUUGCUGGAAAUAGCUAAGGCUAAUGCUGCAGCUAUGUGUGCCAAGGCCGGCAUGCCAAUCCCGGAGAGCCUCAGGCCCAAAGCGGUUCUUCAACUCUCCUUGCCAAUCCCAAACUCCACAUCCAUGUCUUUAUCCUUCCCAAUGAUGUCAAACAUGACUAUGAACGCUGCUAUGGCUAGUAUGACUGCCGCCACCAUGACCGCUGCUUUGUCCAGCAUGGGUGCUUUGGCUUUUUUGCCACAAAUGGCACCAUUACCCACAAUCGUCAACAAGCCACCGUCUUCGAACACACAGAAUCUCGCCAAUAUUGAAGAAGCUAAAAAGAAAGUUGCAAAACAGGCGAACAGCUUCAGUAUUAAAGAGCUAACAGAGAGAUGCAAAAAGAUAGCAGAUAGUAAGGAAGAGAUGGCCAUCGCAAAACCACAUGUGUCAGACGAUGAAGAGGAUGAAAGGCCAUUUGGAGCGUCCCUUAAGGAGAAUAAGGGCAUCGCGUUCAGUCUCAGUAACACCUCAAUAAAGCCAUCCAACCGAACCGAAGCGACCUUUGCUAAGGAGUUCCCAGUGUCUUCCGGCUCGCAACACAGGAAUAAAGAGGCUGAUGGUGCCUAUGGUGAAUGGGUAUCAGUCAAAAAGAAAACAGAAAAGCCAUCUGCAUCAGGUUCUUCUGGGACUGAGAAAACUAGCAAGGACAAUGAUAGUGUCUUUCCUGAAGCACCUUCUCAGCCUGUGGACAUCACGUCGGCUGUCAGUGAGAGAGCGGUUGCCCAGAAGAGACUGGCCGAAAACCCUUUUGACAUCAAUGCCAUGUGCAUGCUGAAUCAGGCUCAGGAGCAAGUUGAUGCAUGGGCCCAAUCCAAUACGAUUCCCGGCCUCUUCACAGGCUCAACAGGAGCUCAAGUGCUCUCCUCUGAUGAGCUUUCUAACAGCGGCCCGCAAGCGUGGAUUAAGAAGUCUUAAAAUGACUGCUGCAUCAAAAGGGCCUGGUCAUGCACUAACUGCAGUCAAAAUGUUUGCUCCUCUUGGGAUCUGGCAUCCAGUGGGUACAAAGUUGAAGCUCAUUGGUGGGGUUGGCGGGUUUGGGACACGGAUGGACGAGGGGUGGGGGCUCACAGUUUGAUCUGUGAACUCUCACCCCUCUGUAUGGAAACUUGUUGCAGGGUCAGUCCUUGUAGCUGCCUUGUUGCCAUGGUCACAGUCAGGCCCCUUCUGUUCACGUCAGAUGCUCGGCCGAUGAUGGGGGCCUAGGUACGUACGUCCUCCAGCACCCUUCCUUCUAUUCAUGUGGAUUUGUGUGUGAAUUGAUUUAUUUCUGCCAUGUCCUCCUAUUUGUUUACAGUGAACCGACUCAGAGCCUGAGAUCUGUUGAGGAUGGUAUUAUAGAUGCUUUGUGCUAUGUAAAAAUUGCACUGCCACUCAAAAGUUUGGAAUUGUUUUUGAAAGUCUUUGCUCACCAAGGCUGCAUUUGUUUGAUCAAAAAACUACAGUAAAAGUGUGAAUUGUGAACUGUUUUCUAUUUGAAUGUAUUUAUUUAAAAAUAUAUUUUAUUCCUGUGAUGCAAAGUUGAAUUUUCAGCAUCAUUACUCCAGUUUUCGGUGUCACAUCAUCUUUCAGAAAUCAUUUUAAUAUACUGAUUUGCUGAUUAAGAAACAUUUCUGAUUAUUAUCAAUGUUGAAAACAGUUGUGCUGCUUCAUAUUUUUUUGUGGAAACCAUGAUGCAUUUUAUUUUUCAAAAUGGUUUGAUGAAUGGAAAGUUCAAAAGAAUGACAUUUAUGUGAAAUAGAACCCCUUUGUAAACAACAUACAGUUUUAGAUUCUCUUUUCCCUUAAUAAUAAAAACCUUAAUUUAAAAACCGCAGGUUGUGUUUACUUGUUUUAUCUUUGACUAAUAUUUAAAAUUGUUUGAUUAUCUGAAUCAUUAAAGUGUGAAAAACAUGCAAAAAAA